AGUAUUAAUGCGCAGGCGUCAGUCGGUAUUUGAAACCCCAUGCAGCUUUGCUUAGAAAUAGCUGUGCUGAAAAUGCUACAGAAUAGGUCUUCUGUCUUCAAUAAUGAUAUACAGGCUAUGCAGGCGUGGAUACAAUUUGAGCAACCAUUGGCAUAAUUAGUCUAAAUGUGUGACGUGCGCUGUUAUCUUGUUGUGCUCGAGGUCUGCACCUGUUCACUAGGAUACUGAAGCCCGCGGUGAGUGUUUUGUAUGCGUAGCGAAACAUCACUUUGUUUUGACAUUUUAAACCCUUUUACUUGCAUUAACUACAUGGCGCGUUAUUUCUACCGAAUAUUUACAGUGAAGGCUGGUUUAGCAGUUACUAGGUGUUAUGCCAUCUAGACCCGUGAACGGCUUUGUUCAGACCAGUGAUAUUCGGUGAAGAAGGCACGAAGCUAUAGCCAAGUCGUAGUGUGCAGUUCCAACUGCGAUGUUCGGCCAGUCACCUCACGUUCUUGGAGACAUCUUGUGGAUUCAGAAUCCAAUGAGAGCUGUCCACUGCAACCUGAGCCAGAAUGGGAUCGACCACCAGAUGAUGUGCCCGGACGACGUGACCUCACACCUGGAGGAGCAGCCCCUGGACCAAGGCGCCAUGCUGGAUGACGACAGCCCCACCUAUCAGGACGUGAGCCCCGGGUACCAGCGCCACUCACCGCCAAGGCGCUCCGUCUCCGAGUCAGAACUCUCACGGCCGGGGAACGUAAAGCUGUCCAAGCCGGUGGCCCUGUGGACCCAGCAGGACGUGUGCAAGUGGCUGAAGAAGCACUGCCCCAAGCAGCACCAGAUCUACAGCGACUCCUUCAAGCAGCAUGACAUCACAGGACGGGCUCUGAUGAGAUUGACAGACAGGAAGCUGGAGCGAAUGGGCAUCAUGCAGGAGGGCCAACGGCAGUACAUCCUCCAGCAGGUCCUGCAGCUCCGCGUCAGAGAAGAGGUCCGCACCCUGCAGCUACUCACGCAAGCCUCUCUGGAGUGUUCUCCGUAGCCCAGGCGUUCUAGGAAACCAGCUGCCAACAGGACCCGGUCUCCCUCCGAUCCUGGGCUUCCUACGUCUGACCCUUGACCUCCUCCCACCACCAAUCAAAGCCGUCCUAACCCCAACCUCAUACCUAACUCCAAUCUAAAUCCCAACCUUGAUUUUUAACCCCAUGCUUAAUCUCAAAUCUUCAAACAAGUCAAGUCAUUGGCCUGUCCAGUGACCUAUCACAGACAGACAAUCAUUUUCUUGCCUUUAACCGUUUCCACUACAUUUGUCCCUAUCCCAUCCCAACUCUCUUACCCCUUCUGAAUUACCACAACCCAACACCUGUCUCCCAGGACUCUAUUCUGAGAACAAGCAUCAAAAAUGUAUCCAUCCUCGACUGACGAUCCCACUACAAGGACUGUGGAGAACAAUGAGAAAACAAACACGUCAAAGGUGGCGUCCACUUCCAACAACCUUCUCACUGUAUAGUAAAUCCUCCAGUGUAGGACAGACAUUAAAUGUGAAUAGUACCCCCACGAUACACCACUGAGCCGGUGUGUAACAUUCUAGAGGCUUCUAAUGGUGACUUUAGAGACAUUGGGUACAGCAGCCUUUCGAUCUCUCUGUCCUCACUGACUAUAUCGCCAGAGCAGUGAGAGGGCCCUACAUUUUGCAUUCCCUUCCCCUCUCUGUCCCUCUUUUUCUGACUGUUGUCUGCAUUGAUUCUGUGUCAGAGUUUGGGCUUGCCUGGUGAAAAUGACAUCUGUUGUCCUAUCUGUCUGUCCUCGCACCUUCCCCUCCUUCACUUUGUGGGUCGCUUUCUCAGCGCGGUCGUCAAGCCUUCACUGUGAAUACGUCCAGGUGUGGCAUGAAGAGGGAGAGCCUGGCAAACCAAAAGGUAGUAAAUGUGAUGGUGAAAGACCUGGCAACCCAUUAAGGAUGAAAUGUGAUAGUGAAAAGACCUGGCAACCCAUUAAGGUUGAAAUGUGAUAGUGAAAAGACCUAGUGACUCAUUAAGGAUGAAAUGCGGUGGUGAAAAGACCUGGCAACAUAAAUGGAACACGGCAUGGUAUUGUGAGGACCUGGCUAAAAUGCUUUUGAGCCAGGGAAAAUGAAAUGACUGAUAACCUACAUGGGACAGUUGGUUGGUUGAGAGAAUCUGGCAACCCAAAAGGGCUUUUGAGCCAGGGAAAAUGAAAUGACAUAACCUACAUGAGACAAUUGGUUGGUUGAGAGAAUCUGGCAACCCAAAAGGGCUUUUGAGCCAGGGAAAAUGAAAUGACUGAUAACCUUACAUGAGACAGUUGGUUGGUUGAGAUAUGGUUGAGGGAGAGAACCAGGCAAGUGCUUCAUCUACUGAUGAAGAAGAAAGAUUUUCUCUCUCACAUCUCACUGCUUGAGACUAUUUUUAGAUAUGAGAUAUAUGGAAAAUAGUGUAGAAAGGAAAAUGUACCGUGGGCAAAAAAACAAAUGAUCCAAUGUCUGUCAAGUCUCAGAGAGAGACGUGGUAUUUCUCUCUCGGUUACUGUUUUUAUGAGAAACUAACUCUUUGCUGUAACUGUUAAUGUGAAAUGGCCAUUCACUGGUGAUAUAUAAAGGCAUUUUACCUGUCAUGCCAACAAACCUGUUGCUUGAGCCAUCGUGACCUAUAUGUGUGUUUUCAUACCUUGUAGCCAGUAAUGAACUUUAACUAAAGCCAGUAUGCUGGAGUGAUUCCUAUUACCCAUGUAUCACUACCAGUGUAGCAUGACCUUUUGUCACCAUCACAACAACCUCCUCCCUGUGAAUGUGAAUAAAUGUGGAUUGACAAAAUUGAAAUGGCCGCCAAGAAACAAAAGGGGGGGAAUUCCAGCCCUGGAGAGCCAUUGAUUUUGCUGAAUUUAAUUGCAACAUUGGGUCUUGUGUGUUACGAGCGUCCAUUGUUUGGUUUGGAGCUUGCCUUAUGCUCUCUAGUGGUUGGUUGGCCCAGUAGUAGCAGAUUAGUAUUGAUUAAACCUUCUGGACUGCGUUGCCCUCCAGGCGUGGAAUAGACCAAUCCCUGCCAUUUGGAGAGGUAAGGAAUGCCGAUACUUGGUCACAUGGGAUGAAGUUGUUCAUAUCAAAAUCCAAGUGGCUAUUUCAUGCCUCGGUGGAGCUCUCUGGUGUGAGUGUCUCUCUUGGACUGUGUGGGCUGCCUGCCCUGCCUGGCUGCUUCCAGUUGGGAAGGCUGGCACUCUGAUUUCACAUCAUCUGGAUGUCGAUUGUCAAACUGGGAGGAGCAGUCUACAGAGUUAACACAAGGCAGUGUUUUGUUGAAUCCAGUAUUGUUGAGAACAGUGUUGAAUUCAGUGUUUGGGUAAGGGGAAAAUCCCUCCUGGAACUGUAACAUGUCCGGAUGGAGCAGCCCCACCAUAACUUGGCUGGUAGGGUGUUUUGGGGAAGGAAGUAUGAUUCCUUUUGUAUGCCGUAGCCAACCAUGUGACUUUCAAGGCAUUUCGAACCUGGGUCGUGUUCAUUAGGGCGUACUGUAACGAAACGUUUUGCAACAGAAAGCAAAAACGAUUGUUUCUUAUUGGACAAGUCCAGGUAGUCCCUCUCUGUUUUCUCCUGUUUGGUUCCUAAUGAACACGACCCUGCCAGCUCUGCCAAGGUGCCCGAGGACUUGCCCGAACUGGCUCUUUCCACAAUCUCCUGAGUUUCUUUUUUUUUUAGGCAUUUGGAAUUUUUUCAUCGGCACUUUACUAGUACACUGUUACACAAAAUGAACCUUAUACUGAGCCUCACUUUCUUAUUGCACAAGAAAAACAUGCAUGCAAAUAGAAGCAGACAUACAAGGAAUUGUGUCACUACACAUAGUCAGACAUUCACAGGUGUAUAUGCGUCUUUCACGUUCUCACUUAUCAUUAUUCAUGAGUCAUUCAGUAUCGUGGUAGCAUCCACAUUAGUGUAGAAGUGUUUAGAAACAUUAUAUUCUUAUUUACAUUUUUACAAUGACGGCCUACACCGGCCAAACCCGGACGACGCUGGGCCAAUUGUGCGCCGCCCUAUGGGACUCCCAAUCACGGCUGGUCGUGAUACAGCCUGGAUUCGAACCAGGGUGUCUGACGCCUCAAGGCACUGAGAUGCAGUGCCUUAGACCGCUGCGCCACUCAGGAGCCAAUAAAAGGGACUCAAAUAUUGACAUAGAAAUAAACGGUAAAUAAUGUAUUAUCGGGCUGAAAAUGAUCUGAGACGCAACUACAACAAACAGUAAAUGCAUCCAACAAGUUUGUAGUCACAAGCUUGACGUAAUCAUUGUGUGCUCGAAAUAUGGGACCAAAUACUAAACUUUAAUACACAUUUAAAUGAAUUUGUCCCAAUAUCUUAGUCUCCUCGUUUUAGGGGACCAAUGAACGAACAAGUGGUGUAAUUUCUGAACGGUUCACCCGAUAUGGAUGAAAAUACCGUCAAAUUAAAGCUGACAGUCUGCACUUUAAUCGUUUAAAUCGAAAGUGUUGGAAUACGGAGCCAAAAAAACAAUAAAAUUGUCACUGUCCCAAUAUUUUUGGUGCUCAAUGUAUGGAAAGAUCUUGGCAAUGGGGACUGUCUAAUAGUUGUGUGUGUUUUUUUACAAUAUUGCAGAGAAUGAAGUUGGGUUACUUCUAAGUAACUUUGGGUUGCUUAGAUUUUAGAUUUUGCUUUGGUGUGGAUUGAGACCUCUACGUUCAUAUCGGUUGUGUUCCUCCAUUGUAUUCACCGUCCCUUCUAUUGUGGAUAGUUUCUGUGAACCAAUGGAAAGGCUCCAAAACAAUGAGCAAACCAGCUUUUGUAUUGAAUACAUGGACUUGGAUUGUGACGAUAGCGAUGAAUGAAAUCCUGCACAAAAUGUCCUUUUUAUUUUAUAUUUUUAUCAGGAAUAAUGUUUGACUUGACGUGUAUGAAACGGUUUAAUCAAAUAUGCAUAAAAGGAGAGUAGUUCUGCACCUUUUGUAUAGUUUUUCUUCCAAUUUUGAUAAUGAUUUAAUAUCUGCAAAGAAAAUGUAUUGAUCGAAUGGGAUUUUUAAGACUGUUUUGUCUGCGUCGACUCGAAAGAUACGUAUGGUUGCAGGCAGUGGUGUAAUUGUCAUGAAUCCAUUUGCAAUUUUGACGGUAAGCUAUAAUAUCGUUUAUUUUUUUUAUGUAUUUGUUUUGAGAAGGCAACUACAUUUUGAAAACGCAUUUACUGUUUUGCAAAAAGCCACAUAGUUCUGCCUUGGGAACUCUGUUUUGAAAAUCGACACCAUUGUGCAAAAAAUCGCUCGUAUGCGAUCGAGAAACUAAUGUAUGAUUCUUCUGCCAUUUGUACAGCAUGUCUUUAUUACUUUCCGGUGUUUUCUGUAUCAGACAGGCAUGCAGACCAAGUCUUCAGCCCCCAUACCCCCCCCUCCCCCCCCCCCCCCAAUCUACAUACAUAAUGUUGGUAACACUUUACCUCACACCCAACGUCAUAACAGCUGACAUUACUUGUCAUAACCUGUUAAUUAUAUGGUCAUAACACUUUAUAUGUAGACCUGUUGUGACAUAUAUUGCGUUAUUUUAUGGCUGUUGUGACCCCUACAUAAGAGUCCCAGGAGGCUGGUGAGGGGAGGACGGCUCAUAAUAAUGUCUGGAACACAGAGCAAAUGGAACGGCAUCAAACACAUAGAAACCAUUUUUUUUGACGUAUUUGAUACCAUUCCACUAAUCCCGCUCCAGCUAUUACCACGAGCCUGUCCUCCCCAAUUAAGGCUCCACCAACCUCCUGUGAUAAGUGUCAACCCAGAAAACCUACCACAGUAGGUAUUUUAUGGCAGGUUAUGACACUUACAUAAGUGUCAGAACGCACAAAACCUACCGAACAAUGCAAAACAUUCCAUUACGCCAUAACCUACUUGUCAACGGUAUUUUAUCAUUUUUAUUGACCAUAUUAAAUGAUCAUUGUAAUUGCGUACACAUUGACGUCAGACAUGCACCUACCCCACGCUCUGUUGCUGAAGACUGGGAUGAAUGCAGGAACAGGGCUGAUUAAAGGGCAUGUACGCGAUUGGCCUAUCUGGCUUCUAUGAUUAUGAUGGUCAUAAUGCAUCUUGGCAAUGUCAUAAAGUGUAUUUUCUACAAGUUAUCUAAAAUAUGAGCGGGGGAAAAAACAUGACUGUAAAUAAUUCAUAACAAUAAAGGGUUUGAAAAACAAACUCUCAACCGAAAGGAAGCUUCUUGGCAGGGAAAAAACUCAUUUGAAUAGAUGUGGGUUUUGACGCUUAUGUAGGUGUUAUAACCAGCCAUAAAAUAACGCUAUAUAUGUCACAACAGGUGUAAAUACAGUAUAUGAGUCAUGAGUGUUAUGAACAUUUUUCAGGUUAUACACGUUAUGUUAGCUGUUAUGACAUGGUUAUGUGUAAAGUGUUACCAAAUAUUAAUAUAAUAAAUAAAUCAAUUAACAUUG